AUGUCUGAUUUGUCCCACUUUUUCCCUUCUGCCCAACAGUUGCGUGCUGCGCAUGUAUUGGUGGUGGGCGAUCCUAUGCUGGACCGCUAUUGGUAUGGUGCGGUCGAGCGCAUCAGUCCCGAGGCUCCUGUACCCGUGGUGCGUGUGGAGCGCACGCAAGAGCGCAUAGGCGCUGCGGCCAAUGUGGCCUAUAACGUGGUUACCCUGGGUGCGCAAGCCAGCUUUAUUGGUGUGGUGGGCGAGGAUGAGGCCGGCGCUUUAUUGGAGAAGCUUUUGCAAAGCAGUGGCAUUAAUACCUAUUUGGCGCGAGAUGCGGGUUUGCAGACCACGGUGAAGUUGCGCGUGAUUGGCCGUCAGCAGCAAUUGCUGCGUCUGGAUUUUGAAAACACGCCGGAUCACGAGGUUUUGAGUGCCCAGAUGGAUGUCUUUGGCCGUUUACUGCCAACGCAUCAGGCUGUGCUUUUCUCCGAUUACGCCAAGGGGGGGUUGACCCAUGUUGCGGCGAUGAUUGCCCAGGCGAAGGCGGCAGGCAAGCCCGUACUGAUAGACCCCAAAGGCAGCGAUUACAGCCGCUACCGUGGUGCCACGGUGAUCACGCCCAAUCGGGCUGAGUUGAUACAGGUGGUGGGCCAGUGGCACAGCGAGGAUGACUUGCGCGUGCGCGCCCAGCGCCUGCGCGAAGAACUAGAGAUAGCCGCCCUGGUACUCACCCGCAGUGAGGCGGGGAUGAGUCUCUACGACAACAGUGGCGAGCUGCACGUGCAGGCGCAGGCGCGCGAGGUGUUUGACGUCACCGGUGCGGGCGAUACCGUG